AUGGCACGUCCUACAAGGUGGUCUUCGCAUGUUCUGUCUCGUUGCCGUGAUGUGUCAUCUCGUGGCUGCAGACCGGCUCCGUUCACCGAUCCAAUGCUGUGUGCAGGAGCACUCUUAACACGGCAGGAAGAAAUAAAAGAAUAUCCUAGCUCUGCAUGGCUCCUGCGGGGAACGACACUGCUGCAGCGUUUCACAGAUAUCGACGAUGUUGGGCAUAAGUACCAUCUGGAACUGGUGUUAGAAGACAUCCUUGACAAAGACAGUACUGUUAACUGCACUGCUGAGGUUCUUUAUCAUCUGGGCAACAAAAACAUUGCUCCAGCUGUGCAAUUCACAAUUGAAGGAGAACUUAAGAACACAGAUGAAGCAGAUAACAUAUUCUACAGUCGAAUCAAGAGCCUGGAAAAAGAGCUUGUGGCAGAAAAUAUACCAGACAGCCAUGGCAGUGUGUCCCCAGAAAUGGAGCCCAUCCGCCUGCUAGCGCAGGUCGCCUCUGGCUACGUGAUAUGGCAGAACUCAACUGAAAACACUAAGUUCCAGCUUGCCCAAAUUAAACACGUGAAGCAAGUGAAAAGAAGUGAUGACUGUCUUGAAUUUGACUACAUGAUUCUACUUCAUGAAAUGGUGUCCCAGGAGAUCAUUCCCUGGCAAAUGACAGUUCUCUGGCACCCACAGCAUGGUGUUCAAGUAACACAGGACAGCUGUCAGCCAAAACAUGCAUUGGAAUAACGGACCACCUGAUACUGCAAUGGAACAAGCUCAAAUGCUACAAUAAGCAUUUGAAGGGAGGGCAGAUAAGUUGAUGAGGGUGGAUAUGCAAUCAAGGUACGAAGAAAAAAGUCCUUCCUCAAUUAAACUUUGCCUGUACAUUGUGCUUUGAUCUGAUAAUCCAAAAAGCACUUUGUCUGCUACAUAAUCAAAUUCUGCAUAAAUUUAAAAAACCUCUGUUGCCAGA